AUGGGUGACGGUGACGUCCUGGUGACUGCGCUUCUCCUGCUGCUGGCCGCCCUGGCUGUCUGGUGGGCCUUUGGCCACCGGCAACAACGGAGCCGGCAGACACAGACAGCGAUGUGGAGCAAGCGCCCCGGGAGGCUCAGUGAGACCUGUCAGCCUGCGGAAGGAGCAGAGCCCGUGGACAGGUCUCCCAGCUCCCUUGGACUCACAGACUUCAACAACGUGGGCGCAAUCCUGAGCCUUGACGUGGCAGGGGAAAGCCCACAAGUCCAAAUGGGAGCCCAGCCCGAUGCAGGGGAGCCUGCUCAGGAGCAGCUGGCGGGGCAGCAAGCGUCCUGGAGCCAGCAGUGGUCAUCCCACAGCGGCCAGGACAGCCAGGACGCUGUGCCGGUUCUGCCAGCUGGCCACAGCCCGAGCCUGGCGGUGGAGAUGGUCCUCCAGACACCACGGAGGUUCCUCCAUCUGCAGCAAGCUGCCCCGAGACAGCCCUUGAGUGCCGCAAAGAGCUUUCUAGUAGCAGCCGCCUGUGCGCGCAGCCCCGGCCCGGCUCUGCCGCUCGCCAGCCCGGCGGCUGCAGGGCGGCGGCCGCUGCCCGGCGCGCAGCAGGAAGCGGGUGAGAGCGCGGCGGCCCGCGGGGCCCGGCCCGCUCCACUCGCGGCACUUGCGGGAGGGGCGGGUCCUGGGCGCAAGGCUGAUGGCUCGCUCUUGGCCGCAGGGCAAAGGGAGCAGCGGCAGGAGCUGUACCUGUGGGGCCCGCAGCUGGGCAGCGGCGGCUUCGGCACCGUCUUCUCGGGCAUCCGCCUCUCGGACGGCAGCCCGGUGGCCCUCAAACGCGUGGCCCGGGAGAGCGUCCUGCAGUGGGACGAGCUGCCCGACGGCACCCGCGUGCCCAUGGAGGUGGCGCUCAUGGAGAAGGUGGGCUCUGGCUGCCACAACAUCAUCCAGCUCCUCGACUGGUUUGAGCUGCCCGACAGCUUCGUGCUGGUCCUGGAGCGUCCGCAGGCAUCGCAGGAUCUCCUGCAGUUCCUGCAGGAGCAGGGGUGCCUGUGCGAGGAGCAGGCGCGCUGGCUUUUCUGCCAGGUGCUGGAGGCCGUGCGGCACUGCACCGCCUGCGGCGUCCUGCACCGGGACAUCAAGCCAGAGAACCUCCUCGUGGACCCGGAGAGCGGCGACCUGAAGCUCAUCGACUUCGGUUGUGGCACCUUCCUCCAGGAGCAGGCCUUCUCGGGCUUUGCCGGAACGCACGCGUACAGCCCGCCCGAGUGGAUCUGGCUGGGUUACUACCACGGCCACGCGGCCACCAUCUGGUCCCUGGGCGUUCUGCUGUACGUCAUGGUCUGCGGCAGCCUCCCCUUCCAGGAUGACCCUGACAUUGUGCUGGGGAAGGUCUUCUUCCAGCGGCAGGUCUCUCCAGAGCUCCAGCACCUGAUCCGAUGGUGUUUGGCCAAGCAGCCUGCGGACAGGCCGGAGCUGGAGGAGGUCUCAUGCCACCCUUGGGUGCGGGGCCGGCGUUUUUGAUGCCUUGCCGGAGCCUCUGCAGCACCCACUUACCAAGUCCCCCUUCCGACACCGCUCCUCGAUGACAUCCGAGAGGCUGGCCGUGCCGCGCUGUUGAAGAUCCCAGACGGCAAAACUCCCUC